GACAGUGAUGUGCCGGAAUUUUCGCCGUAUAUUUAUUUAAUGGUUUACAAAUUAUACUUAAUAUGUAUUUCCGAGACUUGUGAAUGAAACAAAAACUACUUUUUUGAUAUUAAAAGAUAUAUGAAAGUUUAUCAACGAAGUCACAAAGGGAAUUAGAAUAAAUAACUGUCCAAUUAUGGAAAGUGAUUCUAUAAUUGAUUGUAAUAUUUGCCGUAUUUGUUUUCAAACCAGCAAUAAAACAAUAUCCUUGUUUAGUGAAAAAGAUGGCAUGUCUCCUUAUGAACAACUGAUAAGUAAUACAAAACUUAAUAUAGCAGUAAAUGAUGGGGGUCCCACUUGUAUCUGUGACCAAUGUAAUCACGAAUUGAACGUUUUGAUACAGUUUUUAAAGAAAUGUGAACGAGCUAACGACUUACUACAACAAUAUAAAGAGAAAAAUAUAGAUGUACUUGAUCAUGGAGUUGAAUGCAAUGAAAAUCAAGAAAAAUUAUUUGAAAAUGACUGCAUUGGGCUAGAAAAUGCCUAUAAUAAUAAAAUAAAUGAGAAUUUGAAGGAAGAACUACCAAAUACUAAAGAGAAUGCUCACAGUCCAGUAAACCACACUUGUCAGUUUUGCUCUAAAACCUUUACCAGAAAAUUUAACUUGAAAUUACAUGUAAUGAAACACCAAGGGCAGAUUACACAAACUCGCAGGAAGAUCACACGUCGGCCCUGCCCGGCUCCGGGCUGUAAUAAGAGCUUCACAUCCAUAACUAACCUCAACACUCAUAUAAGGAUUCACAAUGGUGAGAGACCAUAUGUGUGUACGGAGUGUGGAAAGACAUUUCGAAGUUCGACAACACUCAACGAUCACAAGAGGAUACAUACGGGUGAAUAA